AUGUGUGAUGAAUUGGAAAUUCUGAACAGGGAGAUUGAGCGGUUAUUACGGAGCAACAUCGUGGAAGAAGGCACUUUAAAUUCAGACUCUCUUCAGCCAUCUACCACUGACUCCUUGGAUAUAGCCACUGAUACAGACAAUGAAGCAAAGUACAAAUUAGUGCAGGAGCCUACAACUGGAGGAUUUAUAUCUGAGUCUUUGGAUUGUCAUCAAGAUGAACCAUGCACUUCUGAAUUAUCAAAUUCAGCAUGUGCUUUAGGGAUUAUGCUGAAUGACUCUGAUCGACGACUGCUGCCCUCUUCUUGCUCUCCCUUUCAUUUAGAUCUACAGGGAGAAACCAUCCCAACCUCUAAUGCUGUGUCAGAGUUGCACUUUGGGAAUGGUGGUGUCCCUAUUAUGGAACAAGUUGUAAGUGCACGGUCUGUGGCACUUGAAUCUGAAUCCAGUCUUGGUAACAUGGAAAACCGUUCUCCUGCAUCAGUUUUGGAUGAUAAAGGUGAGCAAAGCAAUGAGGAGGAACAAAAAGCUAUCAAGCCCACAAGUAAGGAGUUCAAGAAAACAUGGGGAUUUCGAAGGACUACAAUUGCCAAACGAGAAGGGGCAGGAGAUGUUGAUGUGGACACUAGUGAACAACAACCGCAGCAGCAACAAAGCCUGUCCCUCCGGCGUAGCGGACGGCAACCCAAGCGUACUGAAAGAGUGGAAGAAUUUCUUACAACAGUAAGACGUAGAGGUAGAAAGAAUGUUCCUACUGCUCUUGAAGAUUCAAGUGAACCAGCAUCCUGUCCGGUUACAGAUGUGGAGACUGCCUCUGAAGGCAGUGUGGAGAGCACUCCAGAUAUAAAACCUGGCACUCGGAAGAGUGACUCUAAAGACAAUAAGGAUCAGCCAGUCUUGGAAAGCAGGGGUGCAAAAAAUGAUGAUGAUGAUACCUCUGAUAGUGAUAGUGAUGGAUUGACGCUGAAAGAACUACAAAAUCGUCUAAGAAACAAACGCAUUGAACAAAAACCUGCAGAAUUGACAUUGAAAGAGAUACAGAACCGCCUCAGGAAAAGACACCUAGAACAAAAUCCUACAGAAACAGUUGAUGUCCAGGCAGGAAAUCAAGUUAAGACUGAGCUGCCUGUCAAACAAGAACCUGAGUCUACUGAUUGCACUGAGACUGGAAAUCAAGCAAUUGUGUCUGAGGAACAUACUGAAGAUCUUCAGGUUAAGACGGAAAUAAAACCUGCCCUGGCAACAAAAGAGAUCAAAGAUGAAGAAUCUGAAGAGUUCACAAAAAGCAAAUCUGAGUCUGAGAUUUAUGACCCAAAUACACUGUACUGUAUCUGUCACCAGCCUCAUAAUAACAGGUUUAUGAUUUGUUGUGAUAGGUGUGAGGAAUGGUUUCAUGGUGACUGUGUGGGGAUUUCUGAGGCUCGUGGGCGACUAUUGGAAAGGAAUGGGGAGGACUAUAUCUGCCCAAAUUGCACCAUUCUGCAGGGGCAGGAUGAGACAGUUUCAGAAACAGAUCAGCAAGAAACUAAAUCAAGGCAUGUAAACGUGGAUGGCACAGAGCUCACAAGUGUAGGAACAGUCGAACAAAAGUCCAGUGAGGAUCAAGGAAUCAAGGGUAGGAUUGAAAAAGCUGCAAAUCCAAGUGGGAAGAAAAAACUCAAGAUAUUUCAACCUGUAAUGGAAGCUCCUGGUGCAUCAAAAUGCAUUGGUCCCGGCUGUUCUAAUGUGGCUCAGCCUGAUUCUGUGUACUGCAGUAACGACUGCAUUCUCAAACAUGCUGCAGCCACCAUGAAAUUUCUCAGUGCAGGAAAAGAACCAAAGCCAAAAGAGAAGAUCAAAUCAAAAUCUGAGAGAUCCACAAUUCUAAAAUCUCCACUGCAGGCAGGUACUAAGCCUUUGUCCACCCAGAAGAAACCAACUCCUGAGAAAAAAGAGAUUAACAUGAAGAAAAGUAUGGUGACAGCCCCUAAAACUGAAGCAAACACCCAACCAGUUGCUAAAGAGCCGGCAUCAGAAAACAGCACGCCAUCCUGGGCAAGCGAUCAUAAUUACAAUGCAGUAAAGCCAGAAAAGACUGCUGCCAUUUCAUCUUCACUGUUAUUCAAAUCCCAGAAGGAAGAGAAGAAGAGUGAGGAUAAACCUGUAGAACCUACCACAGCAUCAAAGAAAGGGGUUGCUUCAGCUUCUACAGUUGAGAAACAGAUGUCUUCCCUGUCCAAAAACCUUGGUCCAAAGAAGUCCCCAUCAUUUACUAGCACUUCACUAACUAAACACCCAACUAAAUAUUCUGCUGCGAGCUUCAAAGGUGUAAUUCCUAAGAAAUCUUGGCUUUCAUCAGGCAAUGUUUCCUCUUCAAAACAGUCACCUCUUUCCCAUGGUUCACCAUCAGUUUCCAAAAAAUCAGUUGUCUCUUCCAAUUUACCUGGAGGGCUUAGAAAAACGGCAAUGUCUUCCACUUCAGCUACGUCUGCAAUCGCACAAACAAAAGGAGCAGCUAACCCCACUCAAUCACAACCCAACUCUCAAAUUCGACAAAAUAUACGACGAUCCCUCAAAGAAAUUUUAUGGAAAAGAGUCAAUGAUAGUGACGAUCUGGUCAUGACAGAGAGUGAAGUGGGCAAGAUAGCACUGAAUAUUGAAAAGGAAAUGUUUAACUUGUUUCAAGUUACAGACAACCGAUAUAAGAGUAAAUAUCGCAGUAUCAUGUUCAAUCUUAAGGACCCAAAAAAUCAGGGACUUUUCCAUCGUGUUCUUCGUGAAGAGAUUUCUUUGUCAAAGCUAGUGAGAAUGAAGCCAGAAGAACUUCUCUCCAAAGAGCUGUCUGUGUGGAAAGAGAAACCAAUCAAAUCAAUAACAGAGUCAAGAAGUAAAUCUCAUGAAAGCAGGAAGUCAGUCAUAAAACAGGAAAACAUACCAGAUGUAAAUAUGGAAGAUUCUCCACCAGUGUCUGACUCAGAUGAGCAGCAAGAAUCAACCCGAGAUGCACCAGAGAAAAGUAGUGCUCCCCUUCUGGAUAUUUUUAGCAGUAUGUUAAAGGACACAACAAGUCAGCAUCGAGCCCAUCUUUUUGACCUGAACUGCAAAAUCUGUACAGGUCAGAUUUCAGCAUCUGAUGAUGAACCAGCACCAAAGAAAUCAAAAUUGUCAAUGACUUCUGCUAAAAAGAUGGAGACACAAUCAAAGCCAGAAGUAAAGCCAAAAUAUGAAAGUUCUACAUCAGCUGCAGCGCCUGAAACAGAGGCAGUAUCUGAAAACACAACAGAAACUCUUGGAUCUGUAUCAGAAACAGUCUCUCAGUCAGUCUUGGAAACAACGUACUUUCCUACAACACAGGGGCAUCAUAAUGCAGAAUCUACUUUGCCUGAAGAGGUCUCCAUUUAUCCUACUUCUUGCAUUGCAGGAGUUGUCACUACAGUAACUGUAUCUGGCAGGGACCCCAGAACGGCAAUGAGCAGUUCAUCUGGUACUGUGACCUCAGCAUCGCAUUCCAGCCCUGCGCCUGACAAAGUUUCCAUGGUGGAAUCCAGACAGGAAAUAUCAAAAUCUGUUUUAACAGCUCCUAAAUCAAUAUUAACAAAACCAUCAUCCUCACCAGAUCCAAGAUAUUUGACAGUUCCACCAUCACCAAAUAUCAACACCACAGAGUCACGGUCCCCUCAGGAUGGAGAUACUUCCCUCUUUCUUUCUCGUCUCAAUACCAUUUGGAAAGGAUUUAUUAACAUGCAAAGUGUGGCCAAGUUUGUCACUAAAGCAUAUCCUGUCUCUGGGUGUUUUGAAUAUCUUAGUGAGGAUUUACCAGAUACAAUUCAUAUUGGUGGGAGGAUCUCACCGAAGACAGUCUGGGAUUAUGUUGGCAAACUCAAAUCUUCCCUUUCUAAGGAACUGUGCUUGAUUCGUUUCCACCCUGCAACAGAAGAAGAGGAAGUUGCCUAUAUUUCUCUCUACUCCUAUUUUAGCAGUCGUGGUCGCUUUGGUGUUGUAGCUAAUAACAACAGACACGUCAAGGACCUCUACCUGAUCCCGCUGAGUGCUAAGGACCCAAUUCCAUCCAAACUCUUGCCCUUUGAGGGACCAGGUCUUGAAUCAUCACGUCCAAAUUUAAUUCUUGGAUUAGUGAUUUGUCAAAAAGGUAAACGUCCUGCAACUGUUCUGGAAUCGGACAAGAUGGAAGAAAAGCGCAGCAGAAUUCAAAUACAGGAAGAAACUGAAGUAUCAGUGUACCCUAAAGGCCCUGUUGCUUCUCAGCAAGAAAAGAAACCUUCAAAAUACACUCUUUAUUCUGGAGAAACAGCUGUAAGUACAACGCCACCUGUAUCUCCCCCACCACCACCACCGCUUCCCAUUCAAGAACCAUCUACAAUAACACCAUCAGUGUUAAAAAUACUGUCAUCGAUUAAAACAGGAACCACAACAACCAUGUUACUGCCAGUUCCAACUUCAGCAACAGCAACAGUCACUGGCACAACAACUUCAACUUCUACAACUUCGUCUUCUUCAAAAACAGCCACACCUCUUGAGCAUAUCUUGCAGACUCUUUUUGGAAAAAAGAAAGCUUUUGAGUCUGUUACUAAGGACUCUGAAACUGUUCAGUCUUCAAACCAGGAAGCUCAAGUUACAAUAGAUGGAGUGUCAUCUGCUCCUUUAUUAGAUCCAAUUGUACAGCAGUUUGGGCAGAUGUCUAAAGAUAAAAUUAUAGAAGAGGAGGAAGAUGACAGACCAUAUGAUCCUGAAGAAGAGUAUGAGCCAGACAGAGCUUUUGAAAUACAGACUGGUGAAAGUGAAAAACUGUAUGAUCUUGAAAAGCCUUGUGAAACAUCUGAACAAGAGGAUGAGGCCUAUGAUCCAGAAGAUGAAACUAUCUUAGAAGAAGCAAAAGUUACUGUUGAUGAUUUACCUAAUAAAAUGUAUGCAGAUGUGAAAAGCAGUGCUGUGGAGACAUCCGCUCCAUAUGUGCCUGAUGUGUCUGCUCCCUCAUCCUUGGUAGAACAGCAAAAAAUGUUGGAUGAAUUAAACAAACAAAUAGAAGAACAGAAAAGACAACUGGAAGAACAAGAAGAAGCCCUCAGACAACAAAGAGCAGCUGUUGGCGUUUCAAUGGCUCACUUUUCAGUGUCUGAUGCUUUAAUGUCACCGCCACCAAAAUCAUCCAUAACAAAGUCUGAUUUAUUCCAGCAGGAACAACAAAUUACAGAAAAAUCAGAUUUACCAUCAUCCUCAAAUCAGCAAGCACAAGUGCUAAACCAGGGCUCUGAUCUGAGACAAAGUAGAGAUCCUCGACAGGCUAGAAGGAUGGCAACAGAGAAUAAUGAUAGUGCUGAUUCUCGGAUAAAGCCACAAAUAGUACACCAUGAGACACCUACAAAAGAAGUUAUUCCAGCCAAUUAUCCAGGUUCAUUACAGACUUCACUUGAAAAGGAAGAUAAAACAUUAAUUUCUGCUACCCAGGCUGGGUAUAGUGAGGAUAAGUGGGUUCCAGGUGAAAAAGUGGCUACACUCUCUGAACAAGAUGCACCUAAUGUCAAGUUUGAAAACACUGCUAAAGUUCAUCUGGAAAGUGUGAAUCAAACAGCUUCUGGAGAAACUUCCACAUCCAAGCCUUUACGUAAAGUACUGCUUCCAACACCUCCCAGUACAUCUUUUCAGCCCAAUUUCCCUACACCAAAUGAUGGUCAGUCUUGGUCAAAUGAGUCACAAGACGCUAAUUCUCCAUCAGUAGGAAGAGAUUCUUUUUCAAAUCCAAUCUUUACACCUCAGGAAAAGAUAGCUGGUCACUUUGAACCCGAAAGAAGUCUCUCUUCAGUACAGUACGAAGAUCAAAGAAACUCUCAGUCCCGUCAGUUUGCAGAACAAACUGAAUCUCCAGCUGUUCAAAGUGAGGGAGAAAAAGGACCUCUCCCUCAACACUUUGAAGAAAACCGAGGAGGGCCUCCAUUUUCUUUGUCAGGGCAAAAAGGAGGGCUUCCACCACUGAUGUUUGGUGCAUCUGUGGGACCUCAUGGACCCAAUUUUCUUGGCCAGAGAGGACCAGCACCACAGUUUUCAGAAGAGCAUGGUUCUUCUCCAAAUAAUGAUGGAGAAAGAGGACCUCCACCUGGCAGAUUUGGAGGACAAAAAGGACCUAUUCCUUCAUUAUUUUCUACACAACAUGGACCACCACCUCUUUUUGGUGACAAUAGGGGCCCUUCACCUUCCUAUCUUGGUGGUCCAAGAGGAAUGUCGCCAUCUCAGUUUGAAGAUCGUAGGGAACCUCACAUGGAACAAAGAGACUUCCCAGAUUCCCAAUAUAAUGAAAUGAAUAGGCCUCCUGGACAAUUUGAAGGACCGGAACCACCCCAGUUUAUGGGAAAUAGGGGGCCUUCACCUUUUCAUUUUGGAGGUCAAAGACGACCACCACCAUCUCAGUUUAAAGGACAGAGAGGAGGCCCUCCACCACCUCAGUUUGGAGGGCCAAGAUGUCCACCACCUUGUCAUUUUGGAGGAUCAAGAGGCCCUCAUCCAAAUCAAUUUGAAGGGCAAAGAGGUCCAGCUCCAAGUCACAUACCAGGCCCCAGGGGACUUUUGCCACCGCCUUUUGAAGAACGGAGAGGGAGUCCACCACCCAGAUUUCCAAACCAGAGAGGGCCAGCCCCACCUCAUUUUGGAGGACCAAGAGGAACUACACCUGCAUUAUUUCCAGAACAAAAUGAACCUCCCCCUUCUAGAUUUCAUUUUCAAGGGCAACCUCCACAAGGUAUGAAACCAACCCCUAGACCACUCCUGGAACUUCCAAGUCAUCCACCACAACACAGGAAGGAGAUGUGGGAUGAAGCAGGACCAUCUGCCUCUCUUCCUAAUCUUUCAGGACAAGGACCUGAGUCAGAAGCACAAUGGCCGGUGUCCGAUUUCCGAGAGGGCAAAAAUAUUGAAUUUAGAGGUCAGACUUUUGAAGGGAGGCAGAGGGAGAGGUAUGAAGGAGGAAAUAAAGAAAAGGUAUUAGAUCAGCCAGAAAGUCAGCAGUCAGAGAAUCGACAAAGUAGAGGGUUUGAAGAAAGACGAAGGGAUAGGGAACAUGGCAGACCUUGGGAAAGAGAUCAUGGCAGAAACUGGAAUAGAGACAGGGAAAGGGACUGGGAGAGACACAGAGACAAAGACUGGGAUAAAAACAGAGAGAGAAACCAAAACAAAGAUAGGGAGAAAGAUUUGGAGCGGGCAAAAGAAUGGGAAAGAAACAGAGACCGAGAGAGAGCCAGAACCAGAGAAAGAGAUUCCCACAGAAGACGUGAUAGGGACAGAUCAAGAAGCAGGGACAGGGAUCGUGACAGAGAUAAAGACCGAGAUCGAAGCAGGGAGAAAGAAAGAGAUCGAGAGAGGGAUAGAGACCGGGACAGAGACAGAGGAAAAGAUCGUAAAGACCGAAGUAAAAGUAGGGAAAGUGGUAAAGAUUUGAAGCCUGAACCACAGCAGGAAACUCAAAAGCCAGCAGAAACAGAAGUUGCUUCAUCUUCCACUAAUCAGACAUAGAAACAAUUCAUAAUUAAUUGUACCUGAUAAAU